AUGGCUCCAUUGAAGCCAGCGGAGAGAUUGAACUUCUUCCUACAACUUCAACAUCCUCUCAGAAACACGCUUCUAGAUAAAUACCAGGACAGUCGCCUCCAGGGAUUCCGCAAUCUCAGAGAUCCGAAAGCUGCGAUGGACCAACUUAUGGCUCGCAUCCUCACCUCGAACAACCCGACAGAAGUUGUCUUUCAAACGCCCCUACCAGCUCUGCCCUUCUUCUUCAUCGACGAGCCCUCAAACACGCAUAUCCUCUUGCAUGUCAACCGCGACACCCCUUUCGGCCACUUCUCAGCAAUCCUCCGCGAAGCCUCUGCCGACAUUGCGACUCAAAUCAAGAACAACGCGUACUUGGACAAUGGUGGAACAAUCUGUCAGGCCUCAGCGACACAUUUCACCUGGGACGACGGCCCGUACCUCUAUCGUAUCGCGACAGUCACACAAGGACCAGGAGGUCAAGAGCUCGUGGCUCGAACUGAAUGGGAGACUCUGUACACCGGGACAUACCUGGAGCUGUUCGAUGGACCGCAUGCCAGGCAGAUCGGCUCGCGAGUCGAAAUCCAACAUACUCUCCAACACUUCAGGAGUCUUUCAGCCACCGGAGGAGACCCGCCGCCAUCGCCGCCACCAAGCCCCGUUGCUGGCCGUCCGGUCGUGCGGUUGCCGCCAGUGUCCUCCCCGGCGGUUGCCCCGUUGCGCGUAGUGCCAGUGUCGAGCACAUCGAGGGCUGGCGUGCUGGUCGUCGAUGGUGGGGACCUCGCGUGGUACAACCGGGAGGCGGUGUUGAGGGGGUGGUUGAGGUUCGGGAGCGCCGAAGUCGUUGAGAGUGUGGAUGUGUGGAGCGGGUGGUAG